AUGGCCUCGGUGUUCGGCAAAGCCCGGGCCGGGAGCGGCGGUGGCGGCGGCCCCGACCGCGCGGCCCCCGGCCCGCUCCCCGACGUCAACCUGGCCAUCCUGGGCCAAAGAGGAGCCGGAAAGUCGGCUCUGACGGUGAAGUUCCUCACCAGGCGGUUCAUCAGCGAAUACGAUCCGGAUUUGGAAGACACCUACACCUCCGAAGAAACCGUAGACGGACAACCGGUCCUGCUAAAGGUGAUGGACACGGCCGACCAGGACGUGCCAGGGAGCUGCGAGCGUUACCUGAGCUGGGCUCACGCGUUCCUGGUGGUCUACAGCAUCGACGACAAGGGCAGCUUCGACGGCUGCCGUGGGUACCUGGACAUCAUCGCCCGGCACGCCAAGGAGGCCCGGCGGAGGCCCCGGCCCGUCCUGCUGCUCGGGAACAAGCUGGACCUGGAGCAGUACAGGCAGGUCACCAAGUCGGAGGGCGCGUCUCUGGCCUCCAGGUUCGGCUGCCUGUUUUUCGAGGUCUCGGCCUGCCUGGAGUUCGAGGCCGUGCGGCGCGUGUUCCACCAAGCGGCCCGCGAGGCCAGGAGGGGGCUGAGGCCCGGCCCCCCGGCCCGGCCGCCCUUCCCCUCCGAGAACGAGAAGGCCCGCCCGGCCCUGCCCGCCCCCGCCCCGCCCGGCCUGGCCAGCUGCACCUUCAACACGCUGGCCGCCGUCGGCUACAAGGAGAUGCCCUCCGUGGCCCAGGCCAAGCUGGUCACGGUCAAGUCGUCCCGGGCCCAGAGCAAACGCAAAGCCCCCGCGCUAACCCUGCUGAAGGGCUUCAAGAUCUUCUGAGGGGCCCAGUCCGGCCUGGCCCCCGCCCCGACUCUGGCUCUCACCUCCAUCCCGGCCCGGACGGCGCGGGGCGGGAAGCUUCCAGCCGGAUAACCGGCUUCCCGGCUUGGGAGAGAGGCUCCUUGCUGGCCCUGGCGUCCGGGGCCACUUCCUCUGCCUCUGAUUGCUGAUGCCCCCUCGCUCUCUCCCUACCAUUGCUACAAUCUGCCCAGUUCUAGGCAAGGGCCGCUUCCCUCUCCCGGGCCGAGUGUCAGGAGGGGAGCCGGCCGAGCCGGGAGGCCCGUAGCCCUCCGGGGAGGCUAAAAGAAGAAAGCCCGAGGGGAGAGGCCCGGCGGCGUGACUCUCCGGGGCAGGAGGAUGAGGGGCUUGCGAGGACCCGUGCUUGAUUCCCACGGGCCCGCCGGCGUCGGAAAGACAGCGCCGAACUUCCGCGCCGAGCCCCGGCUUUGGAUUUGGGAACUCGCCCUCCUCGAGAAGGGGGGGCGGUGGGAAGUUUCAGGGGCUAAAAGUGGCCAGGAGUUGCUGAGACGUGGGAGCGUCUUAUCGCCGGAACGGUGGGAAAAUUCGACGCAGGCCGAAGCCUGCCGGAAUUCCGUCGGCUUAAUGCGACCCCUGGUGGGUGACCUCCUGAAAGAAUAAGUCUGUCGUGGCUGACGCCUCACAUCUCCCUCGUUCAGGCAAAAUUAUAAUUAGAAGAUAAUAAUAGAUGCUCGUCCAGCGCUUAUUCUGGGCCUAGCACUGUGCUAAACGCCAGCUGAUCCAAUGCAAUCGGAUCAGACACAGUCCCCGUCCCACAUGAGGCUCCUACAUUCAAGGACUGUGAGUGACCCCAGAGAAAAUAUCCCAACUAGCAGGUUCCAGGUCUGCGUAUACUCGUAUUUACGAGUACACCAUUACACCGAAUCAGGCCUCCGUUUAAACGACACCCCCCACCCACCCCACCGCAUCCUCCUUAAACUUCUCCAUAAACGAGAAGGCGACUUUUUCUCAAAGCGUCUGUUUUAACCGGCUUCGUUGUACAAAGUCAGGGUUUCUUGGAAAUUAUCGGUCGUCUUGGUUCCUUGGGGCCGUCCCGGCCUAACUCGGAAGUCGGGGGAGGCCUCAGAGCGACAGCCCCACUUAGUUUGGAGGUUGGGCUCACAGAGGCGGAAGGGCCCGGGGAAUACAGCCGGUUCCAAAGGAUAAGGACGCUUCCUCUGGUUUGACUGUGUUUAUGCUUCGGAAUGAUUUAAUUCGAAAAUCCAUCAUGGAUCCGCGGGGAGAAAUAUGGUCUCUGCAGUACACUCGUAAACAUUUCAGUGCCUUGAAGGAGCGUGGGCCCUUUCAAGUAGAAUGAGCAAUCAUUAAUGGCAUUCUACGCUCCCUGGGUCUGGGAUGGAGCCUGCAUUUGAGAGUGCCGCUCUCCCAUCUGCUGCCGGGCCUCCAAGACGGGGUUUUGGGAGCCGGAAAGGUGGUGGGAAUGAUGGGGAAAAAGAAGGAACGAUGGGAAGAAGACCAACUAGUCUUCCAACCCCGCUAAACUCGUUGGGGCCUGAAGCAGCGGAUAUGGUGGCAUUAUCAAAAAAAAACCAAAACACACUUAAAAAUGAUAAUAGUAAUAAUUGCGGUACUUAAGCACUUACUAUAUGCA